CAGGCGCUGGCUGUGUGGACACGGAGGAGUGCGGAGAGAACAGAAACGACAGAGCAGGAGGAGGAGUGAAUGGAUGGAGUGACCCAGGAGGAGGAGAGGAAUGCUGAGUGAACAGACCAACAGAGCGCGAAAGGGAAGACGAGAGUGGCGUGGCAGCAACAGCAGUGCAAUUAAACAGUGGAAAGGAAAGCAAAGGCUCACAUGCCGAGCAGCUUCUGUCGCGCGCUCGCGCUCUCUCUCUUUUGAGCGACCGGAGAGGCAGAAGUGAAGCCGUCCAGACAACGAGAAAGGACAAGAGGAGGCACGCAAGAGGCAGGGGGAGGAGCAAAGAUGCUUUGAUUGACAGAGGAAAGAGGAGGGACAUGGACGCAAUUUGAAGAAUUUGUUUUUCUGGGAAUGGAUAUUUUAAGCGAAGGGAAAAAAGAAGAGAUGAAGAUGAAGGAUGCUGUUUCAGUCUAAAAGAAGGAUGAAAAGGGGGAGGGAGAGAAAGAAAGUGAUAUGCUGAUUUUGGACCAUGUCAGAACAGAUUCCACAUCAGCAGCAUUCAGCCCUCCUACAGGCAAGAGUCAGUCUGUGUUUGUAUGUGUGCAUGUGUAUGUGAACUACCAGAAAGUACGACCUCUCUAACACCAGGCUUUUGCCCAUGUGCCCCCACAGUUGAGGACAGAGACACCGAAAGAUGGGAAAGAAUUCUAAAGCCAGAUAAAUUGAGGAUAAAAAGACAAGAUGUGUGAGAUGGUGGGGUUGUGGGGUCAGUUGUAGCUACUGUUUGGGGGAAACCCUUUUUCCAGGAGCAGGAGGAUUCACACAAGGUAGUCAAUUUCACCAACAGGUCAGCCUGCCUGGAGACUCUCAGAUUUUCUUUCCUGUGACUCAGCUGCUGCUGCCUUCAGCAGUUCAUCUCUUUUCCAUCACUCUGUUUUACUAUCUGUCUUGUAUCUAUUGAAUCUUUUCUUUCAUUAAGAUUACUUCCCGUGUAACCACCUCAUUCUUUCCGAUUCACUCACCUGAAUGUCAGAAGAUUCUAGGAAAAGCUCAGAGGCAGAUUGUAGGCUGUCCCUAAACCCAGACUAAGUCUGGGCACUGUGACCAGAUGGAGUGCGGCAGGGAGUGAGAGAGUUAGGAAGAGAGAUGGACAAGAAAAUAGCCUGGGGAUUUUGCCUGAGGCAUUAUAGAGAGUUGCCAGCGGGUAUGAGGACACAUGCUGUGUUUUAGACACCUUAGGGAGCAGUGUGUUUGUGCGUGAAUGUGUUUAUUCAAUCCCGAAUUGAAGUUUGCAUACAUUUAACAGCAUAUUAAAGUGAAAGUCGAAGGAGAGUUGGGGUUGUAGAGUUCAAUUGAAUGUGGAGUAGUAGUCUGAAGGUGUGACUUUGCUACAGAUUAGUAUUCCAGAAGUCAGUGUUGUGGCUUUCCCGGUGCUCUUGGAGCCCCAUGAGGGCCACAGCUGUGGAGGCCUGGCUGGGAGAUGAAGCCGUCCCCCCUGCUGCUCUAGCAGCUCUGUGGGUCCUCAUGGCUCUGGGAGGCCGCUGUCUGCGCCCUGCUUCGCCCACACCGGGCCAACGCAGGGCCCGCCGUCGCCACACUCGACCAGGAACGCCAGGAGACGAUCUGUCCCACCUCACCGUGGCCCUCCUCUCACGAACUCGCCUCCAUGGAUUGCGGCAUAUCUGCACUCCAUCAAACUCUCUCAGUCGUCGGGCCUUUUGGAUGAUAGCAUUCUGUACUUGUCUGGGUCUUCUGUUGUCUUGGUCCUCAAAUCGGUUGCUUCACUGGCUGGCCUUCCCCACUCACACGAGAGUCCACACAGAGUGGGCGAGAGAACUUGCUUUUCCCACGGUCACCAUCUGCAACAAUAACCCUGUGCGUUUGUAUCAUCUCACUAAGAGUGAUCUGUACUUUGCGGGUCACUGGCUUGGACUGUUGCUGGCCAACCGCACAGCUAGACCCCUGGUGCUGGACCUGCUUCAAGAUGACAGGCGCGGAUGGUUUAGCAAGCUGUCAGAUUUCCGUCUUUUCCUGCCUCCACGGCGCUUUGAGGGCACCAGCUUGGAGUUCAUGGACCGACUGGGCCACCAGCUGGAGGAUAUGCUACUGGCCUGCAAGUACCGCGGCGAGCCCUGUGGAGCCCACAACUUCUCCACUGUGUUUACCCGUUAUGGGAAGUGCUACAUGUUUAACGCUGCCGAAGAGGGGAAGACUUUGAGGACUACAAUGAAAGGAGGCACAGGAAAUGGCCUGGAGAUCAUGUUGGACAUCCAGCAAGAUGAAUACCUGCCUGUGUGGGGCGAAACAGAAGAGACUGCGUUUGAGGCAGGAGUCAGAGUCCAGAUCCACAGCCAAGCUGAGCCUCCUUUCGUCCAUGAGCUGGGUUUUGGAGUCGCCCCAGGCUUUCAGACAUUUGUGGCUACACAAGAACAAAGACUGACGUACCUUCCUCCUCCGUGGGGUGAAUGUGUGUCCAGAGCCCUGGAUUCAGGCCUCUUUCAGGUGUACAGUGUGUCUGCCUGCCGUAUCGAGUGUGAGACACGAUACAUCGUUGAGAACUGCAACUGCAGGAUGGUCUACAUGCCAGGUGACUCUCCAUACUGCACUCCUGAACAGUAUAAGGACUGUGCUGAACCUGCUCUGGCCGCUCUGUCAGCUGUUGAAGGCACAAACUGCAUCUGCAGGAGCCCCUGUAACAUGACUCGAUACAACAAAGAGCUUUCCAUGGUCAAGAUCCCCAGUAAAACAUCUGCACGCUACCUGGAGAAGAAGUUCAACCGAUCCGAGAAAUAUAUUACGGACAACAUCCUAGUUCUGGAUGUGUUCUUUGAGGCUCUGAAUUAUGAGACUAUAGAGCAGAAGAAAGCAUAUGAGGUGGCUGGUCUACUAGGUGAUAUUGGUGGUCAGAUGGGCUUGUUUAUCGGUGCAAGUAUCCUGACCCUACUGGAGCUAUUCGAUUAUGCAUAUGAGGUGGUGAAGGAGAGACUGCUGGACCUGCUGAACCGAGAGGAGGAGGAAGAGAGUCAUGGAGAGGAUGUGAGUACCUGCGAUCCGGUGGUAAACCAUUCUGAAUCGAUUAGCCACACCGUCAGCGUUCCCCUUCAGACGACGCUGGGCACCCUAGAGGAGAUCGCCUGCUGAGCGCCCUAAUCCUCCAUGCCACCAGGGGGAAUAGAGACACUCCAUUUCAAUUGGAGAAGGACAGAGGAAAAAGAGCCUGUUUUUCUAGACAUGUCAUCAUUUGGCACAGACAUUCAAACUAGAAGCCAAGGAGCUGCUUAUGGAACACAAGGACCCCAAAAUUUUCUCACAAACACCAUCUGUUUGUUCUGGACUUGCGAAGGAAAGCAGACGCUUGUGGACUUGUCAGGACGGUCAGUUGUAAACAUGAGACACAAAACACAAAAACACAAGCAUACGAGGAACUGCAAAAUGCACAUGGCCUCAACGUGCUCUUGCAUUCGUUCUUUAUCUCUCUACCCCAGCCACCGUUUUGAAGUCUACUGCCAAAACACUGUAAAUUAUUAACGGAGAAAAUGUUGUGAAACUGUUCUAACUGUGCAUGUGUCAGUUUCAUGCGUUACAAUACGGUUUUCUCGAACAUGUCAUCAACUUGUGGAGACGGAUUUGUCUUCUUGUGCUGUUCUUUGCUAUGUGUUUCCGCAUCUCAAUUGGCUGCUUGAUGUAUCAGCGAUGCAUCAUAAACCGAGAGCCCCUUUCUUUCCUUCCUUGCCUUUAUUUUUGUCGAUCCGAUAUAGAAAAGCUGAAUGGUUCACGGUACAAUGGAAGCUAUUAUGAGCCCAUUGAGGCUGAGUAUGGUUCUUAUACAUGCUUUCUGGAUCUCUUUUGGAAAAACGAAGAACAAAGGAAUUACAAAAAAAAGAGUGUUUCUCGCUUUACAGGAUUAUGGUGUUACAAUUAGCAGUUCUCAUUUUGUCAAAUGUAAAAGGUGUUCAUUUGUCGAUAUUAGAAAGCUGCUGUAAUCUUUUAAUUUAGAGUUGAUUGAUAGGACUUUGCGAGCAUGAAAAGGUGGAAGGUGGUUUAUUGUGUGAGUUCGGUUUCUAUACGGUUGUCUUUGUCUCAUGCCAUCAUUUAAGAGCUCUUAAUCUGUGCUGCGGGUUGUGACACUGUAAUUGCCAUAUGUUAUCUAAUAUUUACUAUGUUCCCACAAUGUUUUUUGAUGAUGGAUGACUGACAGUUCAAAGGUGUGAUUGUGUGUUUACAGCUCUCAAUCUAAAUAUAAGGUCACUCUUGCAAAGCC